UGUGAAGGUGACCAUAGCCGGCCUCGUGUCUCUAGUGAUAGCCACGGCAGUGGUGGUGCUGGUGGUGUUUGUGGUCAGAGAGCAGAAGGACAGUCCAGCAGAAAGUCAAGGCUACCAACAUGCAUCAGUGGCGGCUGAUUCAGCGCAGUGCUCCACUGUUGGGAAGGACAUUCUCCAGAAAGGUGGCAAUGCUGUGGACGCUGCCAUCGCUGCCCUGCUAUGUACAGGUCUCACAAGUGCCCAGUCUAUGGGCAUUGGUGGAGGUUUCUUCAUGACCAUCUACAACAGGACAACACGUCUGUCAACUGUGAUAGAUGCCAGAGAAACUGCCCCAGCUAAAGCCACAGCAGACAUGUUUGCUGGAGACAGGAGUGCUUCAGCUGUUGGACGCUUGAGUAUCGCCGUCCCAGGUGAAAUCAAAGGCUACUGGUACGCACAUCAAAAGUAUGGCAGGCUGCCGUGGUCAGAUUUGUUUCAACCAGCCAUCAAGAUGGCCGCUGAGGGAUUUCCUGUGCCUAUUGGUUUACAUAAUGCAUUGAAAGAUGGUGAAACAUUUUUGACGCAGGAGCCGUCAUUAAAGGAAGUAUUUGUAAACAAAGCCACAGGAAAGCUGUUUAAACUAGGGGAGAUAAUGAAGAGACCCCAGUUAGCUCAAUCUCUCAGAGUUAUUGCCAAUGAAGGAAUGAUAGCUUUUUACAAUGGGUCUUUAACAAACGAUAUAAUGCAGGACUUGCAGGAUAUAGGUUCAAUAAUAACUAGAGAGGAUCUAAUUAAUUAUAAAGUUUUGGAGAAAAAACCAGUGGAGAUAACUAUCAAAGAUGGAAUCAAAGUUGUUUCCCCUCCUGCUCCCAGUGGUGGACCUGUGUUGUCUUUUAUUCUCAAUGUCCUGGAUGGUUACUAUUUGACACCAGAGGAUGUUAACACAGUGGAGAAGAGAGCUCUGAAUUAUCACCGCAUGAUUGAAACAUUUAAAUUUGCUUACGCAAAGAGGACAGCCCUUGGCGAUGACAGCUUUAUUGAUAUAGCAGAGCUGAUUCACAACUUGACAUCCAGAGACUAUGCUGACAGCAUACGGAAGCAGAUCUCUGACUCCAGAACUUUUGACUACCUGUACUACGGCCCCACCUAUUACUCACCUGCUACAACUGGCACCUCACACCUGUCAGUCCUUGACCAGGAUGGCAGUGCUGUGUCAGUAACCAGUACAAUUAAUGCCAGGUUUGGCUCACAGCGUCGUGGCAUGAAGACAGGGAUAAUCUUUAACGAUGAAAUGGAUGACUUCAGUGCACCAAACAUUACUAACGAGUGGGGCAUCCGGCCGUCCCCUGCCAAUUUCAUACAACCAGGGAAAAGGCCCCUGUCAUCUAUGUGUCCUGCCAUUUUCAUUGACCGGGAUGGCCAGGUGUCAAAAGUUCUGGGCGCCGCAGGUGGAUCAAAGAUUACAACAGCCACGGCCUGGGUGGCAGCACAUAUACUUUGGUUUGGUGACAGCAUAAAGCCAGCAGUAGAUAGCCCCCGCCUCCAUCACCAGCUUCUUCCUCCAAGGAUUGAAUUUGAGACCGGUUUUAAUUCAGACAUUGUCAAGAGAUUCACCACGUUUGGGCACAAUGUAACAGAAUAUCCAACUGGGAAGUCUAUAGUCCAGGGUAUCAAUGUUGUAGACAGUAGGAUCUAUCCUGAUAGUGACUACAGGAAGGGUGGGGUCCCAGCUGGCUUCUAAUAGGUCAAAGGUCAUGUCCCCAUGUGUUUGAUAUAGGCUGUGAUUCUGUUGUGUGAAGAUAAUGUGUUGUGAAGUUUGGAUUGAGGAAGUGGGUGCUAGUCUGGGUCAGAGGUCACUAGCCUGGGUCAGAAGUCACUGGCCUGGGUCAAAGGUCACUGGCCUGGGUCAGAGGUCACUGGCAUGGGUCAGAGGUCACUGGCUUGGGUCAGAGGUCACUGGCCUGGGUCAGAGGUCACUGGCCUGGGUCAGAGGUCACUGGCCUGGGUCAGAGGUCACUAGCCUGGGUCAGAGGUCACUAGCCUGGGUCAGAUGUCACUAGCCUGGGUCAGAGGUCACUAGCCUGGGUCAGAUGUCACUAGCCUGGGUCAGAGGUCACUAGCCUGGGUCAGAGGUCACUAGCCUGGGUCAGAGGUCACUAGCCUGGGUCACAUGUCAACUUGUUAAAUUGUGUUGGGUAUAGGGCUGGUAAGUAGGUCAACAAUCAGUUCUAUGGCUCAUGCAGGUUUUAUUGAGCUGUAGAACUGGUUGGUGAACUACUUACCAGCGGUAUUGUGUAACAGGUGCUCAUGUAACAGGGAGAUAACUGGCCAGGUCCAAGAAUUAUGAUGAACUGGCUGAGGACCCAGUCCAUUUGCAUAAUUAUCUCUGUACUAGUGGCUUGUAAGGGAACAGAUAGAUUGAUGUAUGUUGGUUAGGCUGUCAUGAACUUUUGGUAGACACACAGUGUGGUUUUAUUUUUAUCAUCUCGGUGAGAAAGUGACCUGAUGGUCAGUAAUUUAGAUUUUUAUUGUGAGAUUAAUUAACUUAGAUCAAUUUAUCCUUACUGUAUAUCUUAGUCAGGGAAGCAACUUUUGUCACCUGUUUUGUGAUUGUUAAAUAACAUUCCAUUGAUGGUCCUUUUCUAUGAUUUUUGUGAUACAAUCACAGAUACAGGGUGUUUUUAGAUUACUGAAGAAUUGCAAAUGUGAUUUUAUUAAACAAUGUAUGUUCUGCUUACAAUUAUGCAAGUAUGUGCUGUUUAUGACUUUUAAGAAGACAAACUCACAUACUAGUGUCAGGCAGUGAUUUGGUUUUUAAACAAGAGAAUCUGAGAUUUGGUGGAAAUGUUUUGUUUAUUUUGUUUUGACUGAUCUCAAUGUGAACAGAACAGAAGGCUUGCAAUAUGUAGAUCAAAUCCAAGAUGGUGCCUUUGUAGUUAUUUUAUUGUUUGUAUUAUUUCUCUCAAAUAUUCUGGUAACUAUGUUUUCACUAAUACUAUUAUGUUUGAUUUAGUUAUAAGCGUAUCUUAAAAUAUAUAUCCAGAUAACUAUAUUCAUCCUAGGUUGAAUUUUAAAUUUAUUUUAAAAAUGUGUUUUUAUCUGUGUGAAAGAUAACAGUUUGUGUCUGUUACCUGAUGUUACCAUCCUUACCUGAUGUUACCAUCCUUACUUGAUCAUUAGGAUGGGUGUGUUGUGGAAUGUUGAAUCAAGUUAUAUGGUUCUUUUGAUAUAGAUGUACUUCUUUGAUCUGCAGAUUUUGGAUAUUUUCAUUGUUAUAUAUAUUUGGUUCUCUCCGAUAUAUUUUCAUUGUUAUAUAUAUAUUUGGUUCUCUCAGAUAUAUUUUCAUUGUUAUAUAUAUAUUUGGUUCUCUCAGAUAGCGAUCAGCUUUAGUUUUAAUGGUAGGGCUGUGAUAUUGAAUGUGGUUUUGGUAAAAAAAAAUUUAGUGGCAUUUUGUCUUAGUGAUUAGCUUACAUACUGAUGUGAAUUGUUAAAUGUGAGAAUGUGGUUAUUAAAAAUAAAAAAGUGUUUUACUGUAUGUUUGGAUGUGAUUAUCUCAUGUGAGAAUGUGAUUGUUAAAUGUGAGAAUGUGGUUAUUAAAAAUAAAAAAGUGUUUUACUGUAUGAUUGGAUGUGAUUAUCUGAUGUGAGAAUCUGGUUAUGAAAUGUGUAAUUAUAAUUACUUUUUUAAGACAGUUUUUUUAACGGCUUCAGUCUCACAAUCCUGUUUCUCAAUCUUUUCACAUUUUACAUAUGUUUGCCUUAUUUUUUCCAUGUUUUCCAUAUUUUCCCCAUGAUUUCCGUAUGUUUUCCAUAUUUUUUCCAUGAUUUCCAUAUUUUUCCCAUGAUUUCCAUAUUUUUUCCAUGAUUUCCAUAUUUUUUCCAUGUUUUCCAUAUUUUUUCCAUGUUUUCCAUAUUUUUUCCAUGUUUUCCGUAUGUUUUCCAUAUUUUUGCCAUGUUUUCCGUAUGUUUUCCAUAUUUUUUCAUGUUUUACCACAUCUUAUCCGUGCCAUAGUUGUUGGUACAUUUGAUGUUGCAGCCGAGUGCUUUUUUACUCACACAUUUUGAUAUUUAUUUUAAAUCAAAUAUCCUGUCAUUCAAACAAGCAGUUGUCAAUUAAAUUAAAUUAACACAGAGAUGAUCAAAAAAUUUUAAGAUAGUUGUGUACAUCUUUUAUUUUAUGAAAAAAAAUUGUUGAAAUUUUUAGCUUUGAUUGUUUUCUUAUAGUUAUCUUCAGUUUUUAUUGAUUUGAAAAUCUUGUUCUUUUACUUUGAUGUAAAGAAUUGAAAGCAAAUUGUGAAAUAAUUAUUUAAAAAAUUAUUUCUAUGCAAUGAAAAUUUAACAAGGUUCUCUUCCUACAUUCCAAGUGUCUUUCUAGUAUUUUCUCAUUAAUAAAUGUCUAAAUAAAACAGCUAAUAUACCAAG